AAACCGAGCAACUAGCCACUCCAGAAAUAGCAGCUCUGUCGUAAGCUAAGCUAAUCUAUUCGUAUUAUCGACGUGGAAACGGUCCAAUGACUGCUCUUGCGGCAUGUGCUAUAGCAACACGUGCCGAUCUGCUUAAGACUGUCUAGCUAUUUAGAGGCACAUACUGACGAAUACACAGUCGCUUGCUAACUAGAGUGCACGUAGGGAUCUACGAGAAAUUAGUUGUGCGUGAACAAACCAUACGUGUCGCGUCUGGAUACACUUUUCCAUUUUUGAAAUUUUCAGAAAGUGGCGCUCUUGAUGGUUAUUCGAUCCGAUCAGUGUAUGGUGUUUUCCAGUGAUGCUUCCAUCGUAGUGGUGCAUGGUGAUAGUGCGGCGGUGGCUCCGCUUUCGUGAUAGUUGUAAUAAGAAUAGUGGCAAUAAUAGAAGCUCGUGUACAUAUGAUUGCCGAGGAUUUGCAUACAGGGACCGAGCCAACUGACAAGUAUAUAGCAUGGACUUGAAAACGAGUCCAUGCCGCCGGCCCCUGGAUCGUGGACACUACAACAGCCGAUCGAGGACGUCAAAGCAAUAUCAGCAUCAAUACCAGGCCAAAUAGUGUGCGGGUCGAAGCCGACCGCUUCUUGCUGCAGUAGCAUGGCCGUCGAUACGAGAAUUUCGGUACAGGUGGCCAGCUGUGUGCUGCUACUUCUGUGGAGUUUAGCUUUGCCACCAGGCUGCGACGCGCAGAACUACGUGCGAGCCGAAGACUGCACGUGGGAACCGAUGCUAUCGAAUUCGCUCGUUGGCGGUGGUGGCGUUUCGAUGACGUGUAGCGUGCGCACGUUACAGGGUGGGCCGAACGCAACGAAUUUUUCGCUCAUCAUGCCUGGCCAUACAGUGCAGUUAACCAUCCGCUGUACUGAAGAUCUGCACCAGUACCAAUCGAGCUUGCAGAAAAGUGAAUUAGCGAAUAGUUCAUUUGAGCACUUGCGUGGCCUGUAUUCUUUGAGCAUCGAACGAUGCAAAUUGGAUCGCCUGCCCCCAAGAGUUUUUCAGGGUCUUGCCGACCUUAAGCACCUCGCCGUUAAGACGUUUAAUAUCGAAUGGGGUCAACGCGCCACGCUCCGAAUACCUCCGGCGACCUUCGAUUCCCUCGAGAGCAUCGAAUCGCUAGACCUUAGUGAGAACAAUAUUGAGUCACUGCCACAUGCACUUCUGUGCGGACUUAGCCAGUUAAGAUUUGUAAAUCUGACGAGUAACUCAUUUUCGGAUGUGUUGAAUACAGGCUUUUCCUCGGAAUCGCGCUGUGGCCCGCUGAUACGCGAACUCGAGGUAGCUCACAAUAAGCUCAAGGUGCUGUCAGAGCGGGGUUUUGAUUCGUUAGUUUAUUUGCAAGAACUGCGUUUGAAUCACAAUCAAAUCGCUAGGGCCGAACCUGGUGCGUUGGCCGGUCUCGCUCAGCUAGAGCGACUCGAUAUGGCUCACAACAUGUUGGUCGCGCUGCCAUCUGCAUUGUUCCAACGAACGCUGAAAUUAUCGGAGUUAUAUUUGCGCAACAAUUCGUUAAGUGCAUUGCCGCCAGGAUUAUUCACUGGACUUAACGAAUUGACCAUGCUGGACUUAGCGCAUAACCAGCUCUCGUCACUUGGUUGGCUAGGACAAGACGGGCCUUUGGUCGACACGCCAACAAAACUACGUGUUCUCGAUCUCAGUCAUAAUCGGCUGACUCGGCUAGACUUCAGCGCAUUUCGAACACUUGGCAGCCUGGAAACAUUGCAACUUCAACAUAACCUCGUCGAGUUCAUUUCAGACAACACGUUCGCGGCGCUUGAGGUCCUACAAUUGCUUGUUCUAAGCAACAAUCGGCUCAAGACGGUUGGUCCACAUAUGCUAGCUGGUCUGAGCUCGGUGCUUACGCUCCAAUUGGAUCAUAAUCGACUUGAUACGAUCCACAAUGACGCCCUAAAGGAUAUCACGAUGCUGCAAGAACUCAAUUUGGCCGGCAACAAGUUGACAAUUGUACCUCGCGUUGUCUCGGCCUUGAAAAUGCUACGGUCACUUGAUCUGUCAGACAACGAUAUUCAUGAUGUAGCUAACGCAUCGUACCAGGGUCUCUCGCAAUUAUAUGCCCUUAACUUGAUGGGUAACAUGAUUGGCAACAUUACCCAGGGUGCGUUUAACGAUUUGCCAUCUGUACGAAUACUCAACCUUGCUCGCAACAGAAUUCAGGCUAUAGAGCAAGGAGCGUUUGAUGAUGUUCCAGACCUUCACUAUCUUCGUCUGGAUUCGAACGUCAUUGAGGACGUAAAUGGGUUGUUCAGCAGUCUUCACGACCUUAUUAUGCUUAAUAUUUCGGUGAAUCGUGUCCGAUGGUUUGACUAUGCUCUCAUCCCGGUGGGACUACAGUGGCUGGAUAUCCAUGACAAUCAGAUUGAGGCGCUGGGAAAUUAUUUCGAACUCGAACAGAGCCUCAAACUCCGCACGCUUGAUGCGUCGUUUAACAAACUAACAGACCUCGAUUCAUCAUCGUUGCCUAACGGUAUCGAAAUCGUGUAUUUCAAAAAUAACAACCUAAAACGAAUCCAGCCAUUCGCAUUUCUGGGUAAGCAGAACCUGACCCGGGUAGAUUUGACGAAGAACAAACUGCAAGUGCUCGAAAUGACUACGUUUCGUUUAAGCGAGGUGUCAAGCCGACGUCCAUUGCCAGAGUUUGCCAUCGCGGACAACCCCUAUCAGUGCAAUUGCCAUAUGGAAUGGCUUCAGCGCUUGCAAAAUACCCUUACAAUUGGUUCGGGUCCAAAUUCAGGUUUAAAUGCCAACACGAGCAACGACGAAUCUCGACAGUAUCCGCGCGUAAUAGAUUUGCAUAGCAUCGAGUGUCAGCUAAGCUUUUCGAAAAACGUCCGAGUUCUGCCGCUGCUCAAGGUAAAGUCCUCACAGUUUCUAUGCGAGUACAAAAGCCACUGCUUUUCGUUAUGCCAUUGUUGUGACUUUGAUGCGUGCGACUGCGAGAUGGUCUGUCCAGAUAAUUGCACCUGUUACCAUGACCAGUCGUGGGGAACAAAUAUAGUUGAUUGCAGCGAUCGUCAACAUCGGGAUACGCCCAGGCAGCUGCCUAUGGAUGUGAGUGAGGUGUAUCUCGACGGUAACGACAUACCAGCGCUUACCCCGCACUCGUUCAUUGGGCGGAAGAAUAUGAAGGUGUUGUUUAUUAACAACUCGAAUGUCGCAACUAUUCAGAACCGCACGUUUGGCGGUUUACCGGAUCUUCGGGUGCUCCGCCUUGAAAAUAAUCAAAUACUGGCUUUGCAUGGUCGCGAGUUCGAUGGCCUCAAGAAACUCAAAGAGCUAUAUUUGUCAAACAACCAUCUAAAGUACGUAAACAACGUAACGUUCAUGCAUCUCAAGAACCUCGAAAUUCUUCAUCUUGACCGCAACUAUCUCGUAGAGAUAGCCGUGUGGAGCCUGCAAUAUAAUCCGCAUCUAACCGAGGUUCGUCUGGCGGGAAACCCAUGGACAUGUGAUUGCCACUACACGCAUAGCUUGGCCGAGUUCCUACACGAACGAGGCGACACGGUUCGUGACAUUUUCCAGCUAUCGUGCCUGUUCAAUGAGACAACAGCGCUUCCACUAUGGGAACUAAAUGUGACGGACUGCCAUAGCCCAUCGCAGGCUACAACGCUCGUGCGGCAGUUCCAGUUCCGUCGGGUGGAGGAUUUCCUUCCGAUACUGGUUGUCGUCGGUGCAGUCUUCCUUCUAUGUCUUGUCAUCAUCAUUGCUUUAGUGGCGUACCGCCGUCAGAUGAGCGUGUGGUUCUUCAGCCAUUACGGCGUGCGCAUGUUUCAUCGGGCGCCUGCCGAAGAGGAGAAAUUGUUCGAUGCGUUCGUCUCGUACACGAAAAAGGACGAGGCAUUCGUAGCACAGAUACUCGCCCCGGAGUUGGAGUGCGGAAAUCCUCCGUACCGUCUAUGUCUACAUUACCGCGACCUGCCCAUGGCUGGCGGCUACUUAAGUGAAGCAAUCCAGGAAGCGGUCGAGAGUUCCCGACGGACGAUUGUCGUCCUGUCGGAGCACUUCCUCAAGAGCGAGUGGUGCCGCUACGAGUUCAAGUCCGCUCAUCACGAAGUAUUGAAUAACAGCAAUCACAAACUGGUGGUUAUCUUUUUCGGACGAGUUUCGUAUCGGGAGCUCGACCCUGAUAUCCGAAUGUGGCUGAAACAUAGCACGUUUCUACAUUGGGGUGAAAAGAACUUUUGGGAUAAACUGCGAUAUUCUAUGCCCGACGCGCGCCAUCGCAAGGUUACGCGUUCGGAUGUGACGACUGUUGCCGUGCACAUAUGACAUCAGGGUCAGGCACCGGGAGCUAUUCAAUGUAGCCCGGUGCACAGUACCAUACUUCCGGUAGCACCUCCUUCGCUGCCUCCGCCUUUUCUUGAUCUGACGGCUGACCUGUGGACGGCGACUCAGCGAAGUCAACGAGAAACACUUCCCCCACCAGGAUACCAUCAUCGAAUGUCAUCUGCAGCAGGGACUGUUCCCCUUAUGUCAACGUUAACAACUCAUCUCGACAGUCGUCUUCGCGAUCACGUCGCCGCAAGUAACCAGCCGAGAAGCUGUCUGCAUUCAUUUGAUGAUGACCAUCUAAAAUCUUCGAGUGACUUGGGUGAUUCGACCGAAGCCGUGUACGAGAUUGUUAAAGAACGUUAAGUAGUGAAUGUGUAAAUUGCUCGAUGGCAUAAUGUCGGCUUUUCCGUAGAAAUGAGAACGUGUACGAAGUAAUAUAAUAUACUGCAUAUGUAAGAACAGAUUAAUUCGAGUCUUUUAGGGGAACUGUGUUAAGUCCUCUUUUCGUUUGUGCCUCAAUUGCAGGCCGGCCUGCAUAGUUAGAGCGCACAAAAGAAAACCAUUUGCGUCUAUUUUUAUCAGAAAUAUUUUAAAAUAGAGCAAUAUGAACGGGUCCCACAACAAAGUGCAUGGAUAAUUUCCAAGCGCGUCGACAAACGACGAUUCGCCAUAUUCCUGCUGUUGUAAUCGCUUAUACCCGGUAGAAGAGAAUUAGCAUGAAUUGUCACCGGAACGUAUGGUAUGUCACGGAUAACGUCGACGCCAAGAACGCUAACGUUGGCACCGUUUUCUAAGUCAGAAGUGAUCGGUCCGAACGGUACAGGUGAUCAGUUCCGAUUAUGCAAUAAUUUAGGGCAAGCACACAUUAUGUGACAUGAGCAAUAGACGCACAAAUCACGCACGAAUACCCAUAGUGCAAAUUUGUUUAUUAACAAUGUAUAGUCUACAUUUUCGUGUUCUGUCUUGAAAACAGGUCGAGAUCUAUAAAAACAUGUAAUUCACUGUAUCUGAUCGAGUUGAAAAAUUGGUCGCUUGUAGCAGUUAGUCCUAGCGCUAGUUGUUCUUCGAAAAUUCUCCAUCUUAGGCGAGCAAGCAGUAACAGAUCAAAGGAUCCUCAUCACUCAAGAUGAAGCGUCGCCGAUGUCUGCAAAGCAUCGAACUGAGGUUUUCUUUACCUAUACUAGGACGUGGCAGCGGAACUGGUCAAGCGUAUCCACCACCAUUCACGGGAAGUGCGUCUAAACAAAGGCGAGCUUAAGGAACUUUGCUACGAAACCUAUGCGACGGUUUUUCCAAUGUUCUUACGGAUGAUUGCAUUUUCUGUCCGGUCGUCUUAUUGUUGUCGAUAGCUAACAAGAAAUAAUAUCAUUUCUAUAUCGCAAAACGUCAUCUUUUCCAAAGUGAGAUACGAAUUCUGCUGGUAAUAGCACGUCGUAGUUCAAUGGAGUGUUACUCCAUUUUUGUGUUUAAAGACAGCACCGGAAGAUCCUCACGUUACCCCCUAAGGUGUUAGGCGAACUCCGAAAGUCGUGAUGGGGAGCGAACUGGCAUGAACUUGCUGUUGAAAAACGUUAUAGAUAACUUUUUUGCCCAUAGACUGUUGCGUGCAAACGUGGAAGAGGAAGAGACGGCAAGCACGUUGGAGUAUGAAAAGAUAGAUAUAUGAUAAUGAGAUGUAUAUAGAAGUAUGUACAUACUAGCAUUCUGUAAAUAUGUAUCGAAGUGAGGGGAGUGCAACGUUGAUUAACUACUGAGUAACGUCAAUGCGUACUAUUACGUGAAAUCAAAUAAUGACGAACAGAUCUAGUGAGCGCCGAACGGCGCAAAACAACGGAAAUAUCGGCACGUUAUCGACUAGUUAACAGUUAUGAAACAAGGAUGGUCUGUGUCUCUGAAUGCAUUGGUGAUGAUCCCACUUAGUGUAAUUGUUAUCCCUUAGCCUAUUUACGUAUACAUGAUAUGAAUUUGUAUCUCAGUUGUUUGUAUGAGCAUCUCAGUCUCCCUCUCAUAAACUGACGCAUGAUUCACCAAUUUAUGCAGACUGAGAAACUUCCACUGAACUGUCUCUAUUGUCAGCCUACUGUUGAACCUACUUGAGCCAACAAAAGUGGCACUUCUAUGGCGUGCCAUUUCUAUAUGGCUGCUGCUAAAUCCUCUCUCGAAUGGCUACGGGAGAGACUUCAAUGGCUCUGGCAUAAAGGCAAUAUUCAGUUUACUCAAAUUAACGACAAAGCUAAUUUACACAAUCACAGACUCAAGGUUGGCUCUAACAACAAAAUCUAAUUUUUCCCUCGUUUCCACAUGGUCAGACUACGGGCGCAGAACAUUUUAUGCAUCGCACUUUUUCAGCUGACGUAUAUGAGAGUUGAUCCGAAUCGGGGUACAUAAAGCACGUCAGCAUCUUUUUGGUUCUUCUGAUCUUCUGUCUACUGGUUCAUUUCUACAUUUGCGUGCUAUCGAUACGGAUCACAGAGAGACGCUGUUUUCCCACCAGCCUGCCAGUACGUACCUCGUAUGUGUGCGUCCGUGUAUACUUUCGUGUCAAUUUUUUCCAGCGUUUUUUUGGUGGCCAGAUAGUCCGACCAUUACAUUCAUAGUUAGCCGGCUUUGAUCGGCUGGCUCAUCGAUCACACGUGGAUGUACACACCAACGCUAACCGAUCAAUGAAGGCAGCAGAAUGUAUACGAUUUUCAUAGGCGCUGUCUAUCACCGUCCUAUUGUUUUCAUAACGCGGACACCUGCCUGUUCCUGUCUAGACGCUUUCCGUUGACGGCAAUGCUCUGCUUAGCAAUAAUGCAUGUUACUGCAAAUGAGCUCGAGCCGCUCAUGUCCACCGCAUUCGUUGCCUAAAGUUGAUUUCCUAAACGAAUAUUUCACGGAAGCGGUUAAUUAUUUUGGGGCAAAAACUCGAACGAUACGAUGUCCACCAAGACCGAACAAUAUUAACUAGGUUCGAGUUGUAAGCCAUUUCACUCAGGGUUUAAUUAUUUUUGGACGAAUCCAUCAACAAUUCGUUGUAAUGUUGUUUUUGGUCGCCAUAAGUCGUGUCAUAUAACAAAAUUUCACGGUGUACACCGUCGACGCUUGCCCCUACUGUAUAUUUUCCAUGUGACUUCCAUGAUAAGCUCAAGGCGGAGUCUGGGGGGAACUGGUUCUUGGCACGAGAUACAACUUAUAACAUUUACUGAUUCACAUACUCGAUCGAACGCAUGUCCGGUACAAAAAAGAUAAGUAGUAAACUUCUCCCUACAAUACGGUUCGUAAGGAAAAUGACACAAUUAACUUUGUUUUUUUGAUGAAGAAGGCUAAAGGAAUUUCCCAUUCCUUUAGCCUUCUUCAUCAGGUCGACUUCCGUUUCCGUCUUUUGAUGUGAUUUCGGCUUCCACAGAAGAAGGUAGCGGCUACAGCAUCACUUGGGCGUUUACACAGCAUGGAUCUUACUCAUUACGACCAGACUCACGAUGUAUGUUUAUAGAAAUUAUGAGCAUUAUUAAGCCAUAAUGCUCGCCAGAAGAUUGCUAGUACCCGUUUGACGUACUUACGUCUAACAAUACGGAUUAUCAUGAUAACGAUUGCGUAGGCGCUUUCGCUUCUUACAUUUCGACCGUUUUUCCUCCGUUCAGUUGUUUCGCUUCCUUUACCGGUAAUGUUUUAACUAUAGUUGUCCCUCGGUUUGCUGCUUAUCCUGUUUUAUGCUAUUUUACCUGCUGCCGAUUCUGUUCGCACCAGGUAUUGUUUUUCUCCCGAUUUUUCCUCUUUUCCACUUCUUUUGCCAUUCGUCCGGUUCAUCUCGCGCUAUGAAGAUCUGUCAAUCGCAUGUGUGUCCGUGUGUUUACGUAUAUCAGUGUGCCUCCAACUAUCAUUAAAGCAAAAUAUGAGAGGAGAUACGCCUGUUAGGCUCGUGAUCACUUCAUAGAUCCGUUCAGUGAUUUUCGUAGCCUCAACAGCAUUCCAAGUACAGUGGAUAUACGGGCUAUAGCUUUAGGUUUUGGGGUCGCGUUGUCGUCUGUACCACCACAGCUCCCACACAACGCGAAGGGGCACCUUGGGUACGCGCGGGGUGCACCUCUAGAUACGAAUAUGAUGAUGACGAGCACUACAUAGACGAAACUUUGUCUUCAACUGCGGGCAAGUACACUUGUGAAAGAGACCACAACCACGUAUGGACCAUGUCAACCGGCGCCCGUCGCGGGGGACUGAAAGCAAACUGCCAAUUAGAAUUUAUGAUUUCAUGUUGCUGUUGGUGAUGCUGUUGCUGCAAGCACUCGCUUUCUUGCCUGCAGCUCUUCACUUCGUCUUGAUCCAAAGGCUGCUUGUUUCUCUAUCGAAUCGAUGCUUGUUGUCUGUUCGCUUCAAUUUGGCCCAUGUUGCCUAUAUCCAUUCGACUUGUUUUUUCAGUCUUUGACUUUUCGGCCUUUCUACUACCUCGUCGACGCAUAAUACCUAGCGCUAGUGGUAGUAGUAGUCGGCGAACGAUUUUUUUCCGUGGCAUUUUCUCUUGGGCGCCAUCACCACUCCUUCGUUGAUCUGCCUUCCACUCUAGCGCUACGAACGACUCGACCGCUACGUAUCGCUCACGACGCCGUCACUUAUAUUGGCAGCUCGACCAGUUUCGAGCGGAAUGCACAGACUAGCAGGUCUCUGCCAGCUCUAAAAUCUCUGGCUGUACUUACGCCACUGGUGUUGCUGCUGUCGAUGCCAUCGAGGAUGUUGUAAUCCUUUUGUGGUACUUUUGUGCUUCCACCGCUUCGUCGAUUGAGUGUAGACGUACACAAGUGGCGAAUCGAGACGCAGAGAAAAAGCAAGCGAGGGGGAGAGUCCAAGCUAGGGCGGGAUGGGCCGAUCCGAUCGCGUACCAGGCUACGGCCAUCGCACGGAGCGUUCGGUUCUCAAGGGUGAUAAAGAGAGAAAAAGCGUGGCAGGCAAUAUGCCUGUAGUAGACGAGAAUUGUAAGGCCGUUUCGUUUUGUUACUUGUUCGCCGCUACUUUGUAGCUCGUUCAGCAUUUUAACGCUAUGGGCGAGGAAUGCACGCGCGGCACAUCAGCGUGUACAUACACUGUUGCAACAAACAUUUGAUAAAACUCCUCGUGGACAAGCGGUCGUGGACCGAUGAAGAAACAAUAAUAAUAAACACAAACCGUCCCAUCAUUUGGUACUUCGGAGCUGAGCAACAAGCACAGGCAGUUAACUACAUGCGAUAUUUCCAUGUAGGUGACAGUGCGUAAGACUGGUCGGCAUGAUAAACAGGCGAACAUGUACAGUGAUAGCGUCGCGCUUUGCUUGAUUUUUUGACUUAAUAAAAACAUUCGACAUAAAAGUACCGUUCCCGUACUGUCUCCUUCCGUGCAGAACCCAUAGCAUCUCUCGGGGUAAGCGGCUUUGCUUGCUUACGUACUCGGUCCUAAGCAAGUAUAAGAGAUAAAAGUUGUAAAUCCUCGAGAACACCAGUAAGCACUGCUGCACGUUUACUGAUUCACUGUAUACGAGUAUUCGGAGAGCAGACUUUAUGCUCAGGCAAAAAAAAUCUCGCUUCAUCUGAGAGCCGAAGAACGUAAGCGGCACGAGGCUGACUAGGCGCUUGAAAUGUAUUUGGGUACCCCAGGUCUCCCUCCUUCAGUGACUGGCGUUGUCUUCAUCGGCGUGGACGUCGAAAGCACCAAUAGCACUUUGAAUUCUGCCCCUGUCUUGGUUGAUGCCCUAGCCAACAAUAACUAGAGCUGUACAGGCCUGGGAGGCCAUGCUCGUUGUCGCUUUUACUCAAUAUUUGUGCUCUUCACGAAUCAAAACAUUAGAUAUCAGCAGUACGUAUAGUGCGAAAGAGUGUUCGAUCAACGGAAGAGCAAGCAGUAAGUUCACGGCUAUUUCCCGCAUAGCAAUCUACCGUUGCCCCCUAUCGGUAAACGUUAAGCAACAGCUUGCCCUCACAAUGAGAAUUGGGCACAGCCUGCAUUAUACUACUUCUACGACACAUACUGGACAGAAGGCCGUUAAUAGGUAUAGACGUCAAAGGACGACAGAAGCGAACAACGGCCAGCACACUGGACAAAAGUUACGCCGCAGACUAACGUUACGUUCGAUUCUCAAAAAUUUCAUGGCGUAAUGCUUUAGACAGGCUACCUUUAUGGUCCUAGUUGUUCAACUGUAUGCCUUUUACUUGAACUACGCAGAUGUGUGAAUUGGGUGCGUUUUCGCCCUUAGCUAACCAUACGAGCAAACGUUGAAUCGAACGCAAUAGGAAAUACGCUAUUUGAACGUGAAAAAUUUCGCGGCUUGUCUCUGCUAGCUAGCUAAGUAGAUAUCAGUUAGGGUUUAUUGUUUAAUAAAGAAAAAAAGUAGCGUAUUAUACCUCUGUACGCUAGCUUUGUUCAGUCCACGACUACGAAACAGAAUAAUGUACAAUGGCAAAAAAAUAUACGUUAGGAUAACUCACAGUUGGGAUCAUCACUGACCUGAAUUCAGUUAUUAGCCAAGACGAGACUAACUCACGGAAAAGUCGAUAGACGAUGCCUGACCGGGUUGGAGAAACUGCUACGUUGUCAAGCUUCAAGAAUCAAAGGGGAGCUUUGUAUAUACAUACAGUAAAUAGUUAGGUAGGCUAGAAGCAUAUUCAAGGAGAAUGACAGGAUAUACGCAUCCGCACAAAUAGCAAGGAAGGCGUCUAUUUUAGAUGCGUAGAUAGCGCAUUAAAUCGUAAUGAUCCUACUUUCUCUAGUUUGUUCUCCUUUAAACGACCGUAUUUGCAUAGGUACGCCACAACAAAGAUGUCGCCAAGCGAAAAUAGGUUUACGCAUUUGCCUCAUCUGCUGUGAGUGAGCUCCGCAAAUGUACAUCUAUCAUUGAGACAGACUAUUUAUCCAUACGAACUCUACAACUGUGACAUUACAACGGACGAAACAGACACGCUCACGAGUUAUGCUCCAUGUUUAUCGAGCUAUAACUCGCAUAGGAUAAAACUUUUUACAUCAUAAAAGUAGAAAUGCAGAACUUAAAGGACUGUACUAGUUUUUCAGCUUGUUUAUACCAUUUAGCCAUUUGUUUGUUUGACUAUGCGAGAUCGUGACUGUCUGUAUAGGGCUGUGUUUGUAUAAUACGUCACUCUGCAAUAUCCGCUUGGCAAAGGUCUAUUUCCUAAUUAAAUUGAAAAGUUUAAUUGAUCUUCUCGCCGUGGGAGAGGAACGAUGAAGAGGCGACGGUGCCCGCCUGCGGCGUUCGUCGUGACUGCCGGUCAUUUGUAAAUAACCCGCUAGGGAUUCAAGCUGCUCCAUAACUGUUGUAAGCUACUGCCAGAGCCGCCACAAGUGUUUAUAUAUAAACACUGCUAACAAUAAUCAUUGCGAUCUGUCGACUGUGUGUGAUUUGGUUAGGGUUAAUUGAAUAAAACACUGAAAAAAUACGUUCUAUUGAAACAUGCUAUAUUAACGAUAGGUUUAUCUAUGUAAUAUAAUUUUAUUAGAAAAAUUAUGGAAAAAAAAAAACAGCGCACGCUAAAUGUCACUAACUAUUCAAUGGAUGCAAAAUUAUUCAAUAUUGAUCGACCUCAUGCGAAGUACCAAAAAUUAUGAAGUUGUAUAGCCCCUGUUGUCGCAUGCAUAGAUCAUCCUUAUGCGUUGGUGCUAUGAUACUUUAGGUAGGUAUAGUGCACCUGUGAUGUUGUUUAUGUUCCCGCUAACUCAGAUUAGUUUGAAUUGGGCUGGUUGGCAGUAUGCUAUUGCAAGAUAACUACUACAUAAUCUUCUUAUUAAUUAGUUUAUGAUUGAAUUCUUUGCCGAGACAACACAGCAGAAAACCAUUCAAUGUAACAUAAUGAAAAAAAAAAAAAGGCAAAAACACUUUCUGAGUAGUUAGAUAUGAGUAACUGUAGUUAUUAACGAGUUAGUUUGCAAUGGAGCUAUCAAGUGAGGUUUGCACGAAGCUCACAAUUAUAAACCGUGGGAAAUAACAUCGAGUCGGGACUGACAAGACGCAUUGAACGUUGAAUACAUUAUAGGAAGAAAAGUAGUCGUUUGUGAAUUAAUAAUAGACGGAUGGUCUGGGUAGGGCCCAAUGAGAUGGGAUAAAAAUGGGCAAAGCUAAAAUAAUAAAAGAAAAAUUAUGAUAAAAAGUGAGGUUAAGGAAAGGAUAACAAAUACGCAGGCGAGAGGAAAGAGUUUGUUAAAACUGCUAUAAUGAAAACGAAUAAAAUAAAUUUCGAUUAGGUGUGGGCUGGGUCUAUAAAACGGGCUGGCCUUGUUUACCUUUUUCGAAAAAAAAUAAAGUGAAACAAAACUCAAGUGUUUUCCU